AUGAGUACGUUUAGUGAAAAGCAACAAUUGGCCUAUGAUAUUAUUGUUAAUCAUCAAAACAGUGAUGUAUCCAAAGAACAACUUUUGCUUAUAAUAAAUGGUGAAGGGGGAACUGGGAGAAGCUAUUUAAUAAAUGCUGUGAGAAGUUACUUAGGGGAAAAAAGUAAAAUAACAGCUACAACAGGAAAAGCUGCUGUGUAAACAGGAUUACUAUCCAUUCAUUUUUAAAACUCCCAGUGGGCCGUGUUGUUCCUAAGGAUUUAGCUGGCCAGAGCUUAUAUAUGUUACAAAUGAACAUGUUUUCUGUAGAGUACAUUAUAAUUGAUGAAUACUCUAUGUUAGGUCAAACUGCCAUGGGUUGGAUUGACAGACGUUGUAGACAGGCUACUGGCUUGAAAGAUAUCCUAUUUGGUGGGAAAUCUAUAAUUCUAAUUGGUGACCCUGCCCAGCUACCACCAGUUGCAGACAAGCCGCUAUACCAUGAAAAACCGUCAAAUCCAGUAGGUGAACAAGGUUCUCUUGCAUACAAAAUGUUUGACAAGGUUGUAAUACUUAAUGUUAAUCAAAGGGUAAGAGGUAGUUAAGAAGAUCAAAUUAUAUUUAAAGGUAUUUUGUCACGACUUCAAAGUGGAGAAGUAAGUGUUGAUGACUGGAAGUUACUGCUUACCUGUCAACCAAAUGUUGCAUCUAAUGUAGAUUAUUUCUUAGGUGCUACAAGAUUGUAUUACAGCAAUGAAGAGGUAGCAAAGUACAACUAUGAUCAUUUAUUAAAAUUACAUGCUCCAAUUGCAGAAGUCCAUGCCCGUCAUUCCAGUCAAGAUGCAAAACAUGUUAGUGCCCAAGAUAUGCUUGGUUUGCACCCAGUUGUUUUGACAUGUAGAGGAGCAAGAGUAAUGUUGACAAUGAAUCUUUGGUCAAUGGUUGGCCUGUAUAAUGGGUCCACUGGCACUGUUGUUGAUAUAAUAUUUGCAGAAAGUCGCAAUUCACCAGACUUGCCUGUUGCUGUUUUGGUAAAAUUUGAUAAUUAUUGUGGUCCAUCAUUUUCAAACAUGCCUUUUUGUGUUCCCAUACCUCCAGUCACUGCAACUGUAUGUAUGGGUAAUAGUGUACAUGAAAGACAACAAUUACCUUUAACACUUGCAUGGGCAUUAACAAUUCACAAAAGUCAGGGUAUGACCCUGGAAAAAGCAUGGAUUGAUGUGGGCAAAAAAGAAACUACUUUAGGAAUGACUUAUGCUCAGGUACAUUAAUGCGUGGGUCUCAGUUUGUGCAUUUAGCGAAAAUAAACAAAAAAUCAUAAAAAAAUAAGUAUGGCCUUGAUUAUUACCAUUCACGUUUUAUAUGAUUUGUCAAAGGAGAUUCUAAAAGCUGACCUACUUUUCGUUGUCAUGGCGAUGAUCACGUAAUGUAUAUUUCGAAAAACAAUACAAAAAAUGAUACGUUUUAUUCGGAGGCUCUGCAGCAGUAUAUUUCGUGUCUCAGCGGACGCAGAAUUGCGAUAAACAUUCGCACAUGAUAUCACUGUUUAUUGAAUGAAUCUGGAAAGUUUACAUUUAGGCUUCGUUUCAUUAUUUUAUGCGGCUAUAUUACUAUGAUCGGCAUAAAACGAAUGUUAAUCGCAUCAUUAAAUGUUAUCUACAAAUAAAUGUAUGGUUUCCAAAUUAACGCAGGAAACUUUAUUCCCUUGUUAAUGUUUUUAGCUAAUAAAAAUAGCAUAAUUUCAUCAAAUUACCCUGCUACAAGACGAACACGUUUUUCACGUGAUAAAUUUCACGCGCCAUAAUGAAACAGACUGCCGCUUAUUGUAAGGGAUAUUAUAUUUCCAAUAACAACAUUCAUUGCGCAUUCAAGCCGAUAUCUUGGAGCAUAGUUAAUGCUUGAAGGGAAGUAUGCCAUGGUGGAAAAGACCGAGUGAACUAUACGUGCUAUAAUUAAUUUAUAAUUCACAAGCAAUUUUUCAUUGAAAAUAAGAAACAAUCAACAAUUAAUACAGAAUAAUUGCAAGAUAGCGCACUAUAAAAAGUUUUUAUUUAUCAGCAGUUCAAAGGUCAGCUGUCGCAAAUGAUACAAUACUUAUUGCUAUACAAAGAGCCAAUUAUUACAUCAAAACUGAAUAGUAUACCAACUUCUUUGCAUUGUAUAUUCCAAAAUAAUCCUGUCGCCCAUAUAUACUAUAUUUUGAUUUGAAACAAAUGUCCGAAUUCACUAAAAUACUCACACAAGGGGGGCGCAUAUCCUAACAGACGCAUUACUGACAGAUCGCGCAUGCAACAUGCAUGCAAGAUAUCAUCCAAACGUGGGCAGACCCAGGCAUUAACAUGCCCGAGUGUAGCAUUAAGCCGAGCUCGCAAUUUAUCUUCAUUAAUAAUUGAACCAAUGAUGUAUGAUAGGCUUUCCUCCAUAAAAAAAGUUGAAUCUCUGAAGUACAUAUUGAAUGAAGAAAAACGUCUUCAAGCAAUUGCUAACCUUAUCGUGCUCUAAUUCCUUGUGUUCUCAAGGAACUAUUUUUUGUAUAUUGUGUUCCAAAUGUGUAUAUUGUGUUUAAAAGUUUAUCCUCUUUUUAGAAUUGUAGAAGACAUGGACAAUGCACUUGGUAUGACAAUACUUCUUAGAGACAACCAGUUGACAAACAUGCUUUUUUAUUUAUUUAUUUAUUAACUUUACAACCAUACAUAAAAUAGAUUAAACCACUACAUAAUAUGGUUGAAGGUAUGGUCAACAGGAAAUGAAUAGCCCCAUGUGAAGACCAACCUUAAUGAAAACAAACUAUAACAAACAUAAAUCAAAGACGAGAACAAAUAUAAAAUUUAUAGAAAACAUGACAAAUUAUGAACAACAGCUUAAGUUGAAAGAGCGGCACUUAGAACAGAAGGUUUUCCAAGUGCGCAUUCGGUUUACAUCGAAAGAUGAAUGAGGUAGAGAAGAGUAAUGAACAGUUAGUCUGUUUUUUUAAAGGAGGAAACGGAUGAACUAUUACGAAUGGUGGAAGAGAGAUUGUUCCAGAGAAAGACAACUUGGUUGAAAAAAGAGUUCCCAAAGAGAGAAGUCCUGCAAUGAUUAACAUGAACCAAGUUGUCCGAACUUGAACGGGUGUGAGACGAGCUGUUUGAAGAAAAAGUAACGAAAGAGGAGAUAUCUAGGUCGAAGAGACUGUGCUUACAUUUAAAAAAAGAAGACGAGAUCCUUUAGUGCCAUCCAGUAGGAUAUUGGUAAUAGAUUAAGCUUCUUAAGGCGUUCAGGAUAUGGCAACUCAUAAUCCUGAAGGAUAAAUUUACUAGCUUGUCUUUGAACACCCCCGAUGAUGAUCGCAAGAUCACGUGACGAUCCUUGAGGUGCCCAGAUCUCACUACCAUAUGACAGAUUAGAUCGGACAAGAGCAAGAUAAAGAAGCCUACGGCAGUGUACAAUUCCUACAAAGAAAACCAAGUAUACGAUUGGCUUUUGCAGUGCAGCUGGCGAUGUGAGGGGACCACUUUAGGUCAUUGCUGAUAACAACACCCAAGUCUACUUGGUUAGCUAUGCUCUUAACUGGAUCAUUCUUAAGAAAGUAGCAAUGAGUUGGAGGGUUACGUUUGCGGGAUAUCCUAAGUAGGAGCGUCUUCGAGACAUUAAAUUUCAUUUUCCAGUUAAGUGACAAGUUGGACAUAGCGUCCAGGUCAAGCUGAAGGAGACCACAAUCAACUGAUGAUCGUAUAGCAUGAUAACACUUGUUGUCAUCAGCAAAAAGAGCAACGGUACUAUUAUUGGUUACCUCUGGAAGGUCAUUAACAUAAAGAAUGAAUAAAAGAGGACCUAUUACACUACCUUGUGGCACCCCAGAGGUAACAUUUAGAAAAGAUGAGGAAGCUCCUUCAAUGACAACACACUGUUUUCGAUCACGAAGGUAAUCAGCAAACCAGUCAAGAAGUGGAUCUGAGAUUCCAGAUGAUUUAAGUUUGAACAAAAGUUUGCUAUGGGACACUGAGUCAAACACUUUAGCAAAGUCGAGAUAAAUCAGGUCUGUUUCCUUUCCAGAGUCAAGAGUACGACCAAGGUCGUGAAGUACACUCAAAAGUUGAGUAACACAUUUCCUUUUACAAUGAAAGCCGUGUUGAAGGUCGUACAAGGAGUUUUCAACAAAAGAAGAAACCUGACUGAAAAUUAAACGUUCGAGAACUUUUGAGACUUGAGAGAGUAAGGAAACUGGUCUGUAGUUAGUGACCUCAUGAGUGUCACCCUUUUUGGGUAUAGGCACAACAUUAGCAGCUUUCUAUUCAGAAGGAAAAACACCCUGCUGAAGAGAUAACUCAAAGAGAGCAGUCAAGGAAGGGGCAAUUACCUCAGAACAUCGCUUUAGAAGGUAAGCUGGAAUGCCAUCAGGACCAGUAGCCUUUGAGGUUGACAAAUUGGACAACAAAGACUGAACAUCGGAUUCAGAUACAUUUAAUGAGUCAAGAGAGUUAGAAGCUGAACUAGAGGGAGUGAAAAGAGGUGAAGAACUUGUGUCAGAGGUGAAGAACUUGUGUCAGAGGUGAAGACUGACAUAAAAAAUUGGUUAAAGCCAUCCGCUUUUUCCUUUGCAGAAAAAAGUUUCUGACCUUCCAACUUCAUCACGUCAGGGACCGAAGAUUUUGAGGAUUUACAUUUAAAGAAUCUCCAGAAUGAUUUAGGGUUAUUAUACACAUGUUCGGACAGUCCAGAGAGAUAUUCUCUCUUCUUGGAAUUUAUCCAACACUUGAUGUGUUGCCGAAUUUUGCGGAAUUUCUUCCAAAGUUCAGGCGACUUCUUAGCCUUUGCCUUUCUUCUUAGUGACUCUUUCAUCUUAAUGGCAUGAAGUAAGUCCUUGGUGAUAUAUGGGGGUUUAAAAGAACGCUUGAGCUUUGUUUUGGGGAUGAAAUAGUCAACAGCGGCAAGGAAAGUAUCCUUCCACUUAGCCCAGGCAAGAUUAACGUUGUUACUUUCGUUGAGGACUAUAUCAACUAGUGGAGUGUUCCUUAGACUGUUAAAUAGGCCAACGAAAUCACCCUUAGCAUAAUGAUAGACCACACGUUCGGAGGAUUGUUUAGGUUGUUGAUGGAGUUUUAGGUCGAAAAAUAUAGCUUUGUGAUCAGAGGGUGGAGAGAUGGAGUUGUCGUCAGUAACUUCAAAGUUGUCAGUCAAAUGUUCAUUUGUAGUUAAAACCAGGUCGACGAGGUUGUUACCACGGGUAGGUGAGUUAAUCAAUUGCAGAUAACUAAACUCAGUGAUGCUGUCAAUGAAACUAGUUUCAGAAGCUGAAGUAGAGAAACCUGAACUGUUAGACCAUUGGAUAUUAGGGUAGUUGAAGUCGCCAAUUAGAACAACAUUUUUGAAUUGCGAUUCUUUGACAAAUUUUAAAAAGCAGGUUAGUUUAUUUAGGAAAACAUUAGUGGAGUCAGGUGGAUGGUAACAGACAGCAACAAGUACUUUACAAGACGAGGAGAUAAUAACCAGAGAUACAAGUUCCAAUGAGUCUGAAACGAAGCCAGAAGGUUCACCGCCCUGUUUACCAGUUCGACGAUCUCGCCGAAAUAGCUUGUAUCCAACAGGCAAGAUUUCAUCAUCACGCACAUGGACAGUGAGCCAAGUCUCCAAAGCAAUCACAUCUACACUUUUUUUUUCUGUGUUGGUGUAGUGUACUCAGGUGAAUAUGAUAUUUGUGGUGUUACUCUGAGUGUAUAUCCACACCGGUCGAGCUUGAAAAAUAUGCCCGGCCACGGUGGCAAUAAACAAUCAUGUAGAUAUGAAAGCUUAGUUGUAGGGUUACGAUGAUUCGCCUUCUGACGUUCUGAUACAGAACAGGAUCUAGGAUUGGUAAGUCCUCGCACGUCAAAGUCUGAAGAAAGAAAUCAAAGAUCUAAUCAGCAGAAAAUUCACAUCAACAAGCAAUCGAAGUUGGAAGACCCACAAGAAUCCGAGGUGACUUUCGACAUCAAGAAGGUAGAAUCGGAAGGAAAAUGCAAACCCGGCAUCACUGCAGUCUCAGAUGUGUUGCAAGGCGACAUCAACGCUGUUAUCAAUAUAUGCGGGUGGAUUACCCUCCAUGGUGCAGAAGAGACUAUACUUUCUAAAGGCAAGACACUCCGAAAACAAGAAGCCAUAUUUACCGACAAUUCGGGGACAAUGCACCUUGUGCUAUGGGAAGGUGACAUAACACAGGUUAUCUCAAAGUCUGUGUAUAACAUCUCAAAGAUAGUUGUUCGAGAAUUUGAUAAUGCGAAGUACCUAACCCUAAACAAGCAUUCGAUUAUCAAGCCAGCGGAUACCUCUAUAGAUAGGGUGGGCACUGAAGCGGACGGUCUACCACACUUGCAGAAAUUUGAUAGCCCUGCCGAAGGCGUUUUAUCAGUACAACGCAUCCUGUCAUGUAAAAAAUGCCAAACUAAACUGGUGCCUGAUCCAACAAAAAACCUUACCAAAUGCACUGAGUGUGGAAUGGCCCAGCUAAAGUCAAAAUGUAUCCAGCAUCUAAUGGCAAAUGUCAUGUUUGGCAAAGCAGAUCAACAGUCUCUUUGCUUCUGUUCGACAACAAGCUGA